AUGUCUGAGCAGAACAAGGAAAUUCAGGUUGACCAAUCUGAUGAUGCUUCCGUCACCGAUCCUUCAGAGCAGACAAACAGCGGAACUCCCGGCAAAUCGCGAGCUGAACGGCUACUUGUGCGGAAAAUGGAUUUCUUCAUUCUGCCAAUGCUUGCAACAAGUUUUUUGGUUGCAUAUCUUGACAGAAACAACUUGGGCAACGCUCGAAUCAUGACGCUGCAAAAGGAUUUGAGAAUGACCGAUGGCCAAUUCUACAACUGUCUGAUGCUGUUUUUUGUCGGAUAUUGUGUUUUCAUGCUGCCAGCCAACCUACUUCUGCGUGUGAUAGGACCACACCGCCAACUUGGUGGCGCCAGCAUUCUUUUGGGCGUAUGUGUCUUCGUAAUGUCCGCUGCCCGUAACUGGAAGACAAUCGCCGGGGUUCGUGUUCUGAUUGGAGCCUCGGAGGCCUUUAUUCAGAGCCUGGUCCUAUAUACUAAUGUGUGGUACAAAAGAGAUGAGGUUGCCACUCGGGGAGCUGUUUAUUACUCCGCUGCGACAAUAUCUGGCUCCUUUAGUGGUCUGUUGGCCUAUGGAGUUGAAAAGAAUCUGACUGGGGUGCACGGGAAAGCCGGGUGGCAGUGGCUGUUCAUCAUCGAAGGAGCGAUAGCUGUAGGUCUGGGCCUCCUAGUUUGGAUCAUCCUUCCCGGCUUUCCAGACCAAAUGAAGAACAAAAAGAAAUUCCCUUUCACGGACAAAGAAGUAGCGUUGGCUAUCGAUCGUUCGCUGGUCUACAAUACUCCUGAAUCAAAGGUUCAACCUCGGCAGAUUUUGAUCGCCUUCAAAGACGCUCGGCUCUACUUAUUCAGCCUCAUUACUGGGUCUUUGGGUUUAGGAGUGGCAUCGCUCAGUUCUUUCCUUCCCAGCUUCAUCAGGGCGUUCGGAUUCUCCCCACUUAAUACACAACUCUUCUCAGUCAUUCCAUACGCAUGUGCAACAGCCACGAUGAUUGUUGUCAACAUCCUCUCAGAUCGCACAGGCCUGAAAGGAUACUUUCUUAUGGGAACCCUUGGUCUUUCCUGCGUUGGGUACAUCAUCCUGCUUACAGUCACGAAUGUUCCGGUUCUGAUCUUCGGCACUUGUCUCGUAUCCAGCGGGGUCUUUCCUUCGGUGGUUCUGCUUGUUGCUUGGGUGGGAAUCAAUAUUGCCGGCUACACCAAACGUGCGACCGUGUACGCCAUUUCACAGGUUUUCAGCCAAUGCCUAUCCAUGAUCGGGACGCAGAUCUAUAAAAAGUCACCUCGCUACAUUGAGGGACAUUGCAUUGUCUUGGCCCUCCUCGUAACUGGUCUGAUUCUCACAGUUACGGCUCAAGCCAUCAUGCGAAUCAAGAACCGUGGCAAAGAGCGUGUCAAAGCGGAAUACGCGUCAAGAAACGAGAUUCACCCUCAUAUGGAAAAAUCGCUGGAGGAGGUUUACGAUGAUCACAUUGCCUUUCGAUACAUUCUGUGA